AUGUCGAAAUUCUUGUCAUUUUUGCAAAAAAUCCCCAACAUUAUCGAUCAAGUCAACAAGCCAAAAGCUGAUCAAGAUUUAGUUCCAGUGUUUUCGUCUCAAGAAAGUAUUUGUUAAGCAGAUCUUCCUCCUGAAACGUUUUUUAUUACUCCAAGAAUUGCAAUAAUUCCAUAUCCAACUCAAGAUUAUAGCAGUAUCUUGGCCGGAUAUUUUAACACUCAUUAUGGGCGUAAGUAUAUGGUCUGGAAUCUCAGCGAGCAUCAGUAUGAAACAGAUAUAUUUGGCGGACAAGUUUUGGACUUUAUAUAUGUUGGCUAUCCAAAUCCUCCUCUUGAAGUUAUUUUCUCUAUUUGCAAUUCAAUCAAAGCGUGGCUUGAUACUGAUGCAGAAAAUAUCGCUCUGAUCCAUUGCCAGGCAACUAAAGCCAGAAGCUUUAUGAUCCUUGCCUGCUAUCUUGCCUGGAGCAGCUUUGACUACCAAAAUCCAGAACAAGCGUUAGCUCAUAUAUGCGAAUUCACGAAAACUGAAAGAAUUAACUUGCUUUUUCCAACACAAAGCCGAUAUUUAUGAUAUUUUGAUAGAAUUCUGCAAGGCGAAAGAGUAAUUAAUAAGUAGCCAAUCACCCAUAAGGUUAAGCUGCAAAGACUGAUUAUGAAUGGAAUUCCAAUAAUAGAGAAGCAAGGGUCUUGUGUGCGGCCUUAUAUCCAAAUCUUUAAAGGCUCUAACAUGAUCUACUCAAGCAUUAAGAAAGAUGCCCCACCUCUAUCAUUUUUUGAGUCAGACAUGUCAAUUUCUUUUGAUAUUGAUUUAGAAGCAGAAGGCGAUAUUUUAAUCAGAUGUCGGCACCAAACAAAAGACAAUAAAAGAAUCACUAUCUUUAGAGUCAUGUUUCACACUGCCUUUGUAAGCGACAUUCAUAUACGUUUUGCGAAGUCUGACUUGGAUUUUGCAAAUACUCAUGAAGGGUUUGGAGACGAUUUCAUGCUUGAUUUGUUUAUCAGCGGCAGUGAGCCUGUAGAAGUUGAGCAGUCGCAGCAGCUGUGGAGAUAUAUUGAGAAAAGAAAGAAGCACAGGAGAAAUUCGGAGAGGAAGGUAGAUACGGAAGAGGAAGAAGAAAAAGUUGACCAUGAGCUCAUAGAGAAGUUCAAGGAUAAGAUUGAGGAUAGCGGGGAAGAAGAGGGAGAGGAAGAAGACGAUCUUGAUGCAUAUUUCCAAAGUUUGGAGUCAAAAGGGAAAUAA